CAGGCGGCCAUUUUCUUUCGUGCACCGUGUGUUGUGGAAGUGCCGCGGCAUUUCUACACUGCAAACGUCCGCACGAAAUAUAAUUUCCCGUGAAUUUGAUGCUAAUAUUCUAGACGACGCCUUGGACAAAUACCCGUGAAGAUGGCUCGAUUCGGACAGCGUCCGGAGAACGCGCUCAAGCGCGCAAACGAAUUCAUCGAUGUUGGCAAACCGGCGAGAGCCUUGGACACCCUGCAAGAGGUCUUCCGCAACAAGAAAUGGUCCUACAACCUAUCGGAGCUGGUGCUGGAACCCAUCAUGUUCAAAUACUUGGAUUUGUGUGUCGAACUCAAGAAGUCACACAUUGCCAAGGAGGGUUUGUUCCAGUACAGGAACUUAUUUCAAUCCGUCAAUGUGGGAUCGCUGGAGAAUGUCAUCCGGGGGUAUUUGAAGAUGGCUGAGGAGAAGACUGAGAAUGCCAGGGAGCAGUCAGCUCAAGCUGUUAUCGAUAUUGAUGACUUGGACAAUUUAGCAACACCUGAAAGUAUUUUAUUAAGCGCUGUUUCCGGCGAAGAUGCUCAAGACCGUUCCGACCGAACAAUCCUCACCCCCUGGGUGAAAUUCCUCUGGGAAUCCUAUUGUCAAUGCCUGGAAUUACUACGCACCAACGCCCACGUCGAGAAUCUAUACCACGACAUCGCAUGCAUGGCUUUCCAAUUCUGCUUGAAAUACAACCGCAAGACGGAAUUCCGUAAACUCUGCGAUAAACUCCGCAAACACCUGGAAGACAUCUGUAAACUCCCCGUACAGGUCGCCAAUGUAUCAAUCUCCAAACCAGAGACGCAACAACUCAAUCUAGAGACACGUUUGUAUCAACUCGACUCAGCGAUUCAGAUGGAACUCUGGCAGGAGGCCUACAAAGCCAUCGAGGACAUCCACAACUUGAUGAACAUGUCGAAGAAGAUGCCCGUGCCGAAAACCAUGGCUAAUUACUAUCAAAAACUAGCCAUGGUCUUCUGGAAAGCAGGGAAUUAUUUAUACCACGCAGCUGCGUUGUUUAAAUUAUACCAACUCUCCAAGGAGAUGAAGAAGAACAUCACCCAGGAGGAAUUACAACGCAUGGCAUGCCGGGUGUUGAUUGCCACGUUAGCCAUACCUCUACCAUCCGCACAUCCUGAGUUUGAUAGGUUUAUCGAAACAGAUAAGUCUCCGUUGGAAAAGGCACAGCGUUUGGCUGUUUUGUUAGGUCUUCAACAACCUCCGACACGCGCUUCUUUAUUGAAAGACGUCGCACGUUUCAAUGUUUUAAAUCUAGCUUCCCCACAACUACAGAAUUUGUACACUUGGUUAGAGGUUGAAUUUCAUCCAUUGUUGUUAUGCCAACGCGUACAGACAGUGAUUGAUUCCUUGCAGGCUGAUGAAGGUAAUGCUUUGCAACUGUACGUCCCACAGUUGCAAGAUGUAACACUCGUGCGUCUUGUCCGUCAAAUCGCGCAGGUUUACCAAACGAUUAAAUUCGACCGGUUGAUUGAACUCGCCAAGUUCACCACUAGUUUCCAUCUUGAGCGUUUAUUGGUCGAUUGUGUACGUCACAAUGACAUGCAGAUUCGUAUUGAUCAUGGUAAUCAAUGCGUGCACUUCGGGAUGGAUCUAAGCGAGAGUCAGCGUGAGGAUAAACCCGAAGGUCCCACAUUGCAAUCCAUGCCCAGCGAGCAGAUUCGUAGCCAGUUGGUGAACAUGGCGACGGUGCUACAUCAAGCCAUCGCGGUGAUUAACCCGAAUAAGAAGAAGCAGGAACGUGAGAAGGUCCGCGCUGCGCUGGUUAAUAACUACCAUGAGAAUAAGGUACGUGAACAUCAACGUAUCCUCUUGCGGCAUAAGAUAAUCGAAGAUAGGAAGGAGUACAUUGAGAAAUUGAACACUGUGCGUGAGGAAGAAGAGCACAGGAGGUUGGAGGAGUUGGUUAAACAGCAAGCAUUAGCUGAACAAAAGCGUUUGGAGCAUGAACGGGAAGAACGCGAGAGGAAACGCGCCCAGAAUGAGAUCCAACAGAUUAAAGACCGGCAUUUGAAGGAGAAAAUGCAGCAGAUUUCACAGACGAGUCACGGACAGAAGAUUUUGAAGAAGCUGGAUGAGGAUGACAUUAAAAAGAUGGAUGCCGAGCAGAUUGCGAUUCGUGAAGCUGAGGAACUGCAGAAGGAACGACGUGAGUUGCAGGCGAAGUUGAAGAGUCAAGAGAAGAAGGUGGAUUACUUUGAACGUGCUAAACGUUUAGAGGAAAUCCCACUACUGCAGGCUAGUAUGAAAGAACGUCAAUUACAAGAUCAAGCAUUCUGGGAGCAGGAGGAGAAGGAGCAGAUUGCGCAUGCGAUUGAAGAACGCAAGCAGGCUGUAGCAGCACGUGAACGCCUGGUAAGAAUGAAGCCUGAUAAAGAUGCGUUCUUGGAGAAUCUUCUGCGUGAGCGUAAUGCUGUUUAUCAGGAUAAAUUGAAGGAGUUUGAGAAGAUGUUGGCUGAGGAACGCAGGAUUCGUUUAUUGGAGAGGAAGAAGAAGCGUAAGGAGGAACGCAGGAAUAAGUAUUUGAGAGAAAAAGAAGAAGAGGAGGAGAGGAAACGUGAGGAGAAGUUGCGUCUGGAGGAAGAAGCGCGUUUGGCUAGGAAGGAACAAGAAGACAGGGAGCGUGAAGAGAAAGAACGUGUUGAACGUGAGGAGAGGAAUCGUCUUGCAAAGGAGAAACUUGAAAUGUUGGAGCGUGCUGAAGCUAAAAAACGCGCUAGAGAAGAAGAAAUUGAAAGGAAAUUGCAAGAGGAUCGUGAAGCAUCGACGAAAGAACGCGCGCCGCCGAAGGAACGCACCACUUGGCGUAGUAAGACCGGUGAGAAGGCUGGGGAUGAACCUGCGGCUGCUUCAGCACCUACACCUGCUGCGGCGCCAGCUCCAUGGAGACGCGGAGGUGGAGGUGGUGGGGGUAAUACUGAAACAAGGGGAGCAACUGAUGAAGGAGGAUCAGGAGGAGCUAAGAAAGAGUCCGAACCUUGGAAGCCACGUCUGAGGAAUGCUGAUGCUGACCGUGGGGAGCGCGAGCGGGAGCGUCCGGAACGUGGUGAAAGGUCAGAGAGGUCUGAACGCCCGGAACGUCCCAAGGCUGAUGGAGGUAGUUGGAGAACACGUACACAAGAUCCAGAACGGCGUGAUGAUCGUCGUGAUGAUAGGGAUAGAGACAGGGAUUCAAGAGAUACACGUGACAGGAGGGAUGAUCGUCCAAGGGCUGGGGGUGAAAGGACCUGGGAUCGUUCCGCGCCGAAAGAUGGCGAUGGCCCGAGGAGAGGUAUGCAGUCUUCUGGUGGACGUGGAGCGAGGGAUUCCGGUGCGCCGAUUAGGAGGGAAGCUCAGAAGGAUGUCCGGGAUAUUCGUCGGGAUGAUGACAGGAAGGAAAUCCGUCGUGGGAAGGGCGAGAAAGGGAAAGUCGUGAUGGUGAUAGUCGAGCACCACCACGUGCUGAAAAACCACGGGAACCUGCCGCUGAAGGUGAAGAAGGAUGGUCUGUGGCCAAGAGGCGUUAGUGACUCAAAUCGACAGCACAAGUUGUAUUCACACUCGUAGAUACAAUUUUAUAAUACAAAUACAAACUCGCGUUUUAUUGCAAGUCAAUUUGCAUGCCUUUAUGCAUCACAUUGUUUACCGUUCUGUUUACUUUCACCUCUUUCGAUUAUGCCCGGAUUUUUGUUUUAUUUUUGAUUUUGGAGUACAAGUAACAAGCCGAUUGUUGUUUGCAUUAAAUUACAUAGCUUAAAGCUGGAACCAUUUUGUACAUUCUUGCAAUAAACGUUGAUUUGUGUUGAUAUUUCGUAGAAUUAUGUUGUAAGGUGAGUUUUUCUACGUGGAUAAUAUUAUUGUAGGCUUAAAUUGAAUAAAUUUAAACAUGGGGAGUUUUAAAUCAUGGAAA